UAUUUUUCUUGUAUAUUCUAGGAUGGCAGCCUGUAAGAUGAGCCAUAUGUCCAUGGAGAAAGUAUGGGAAUGUUUGCUAAAAUAUAAGGUUUCUCUCUGUCUCCUGUGGCUUCAUUUGAUUUUGGCUCCUGGCAGAGCUCAGGAUGAUUUCUUAAACUACAGAGCUGUGUUUAGCACACCAUGUAAUGAAAUCUGGACUUUGUCGCCUGGAAUUUCUAUACCUGCACUUAGAAACUUUACAGUCUGCGUUUUUCUUAAGUUGUACAAUUCCAAAAAUUCUUGGACAGCAUUCGUCUAUAGCAAAGAUCCUGUUGGCAAUUUGUCAGCAUCAGACCAUCAGUUAUAUGAUCUGGGGCUUACUGGAGAACGUGACAAGCUGACAGUUUGGAUAUUUGGCAAAGAAAUAACCUGGGCAGGCAAACUGGAUAACAACAUCUGGUACCAAAUAUGCAUAAGAUGGAAAAGUGAACAACAGGAAGUUCGCAUAUAUAUAAAUGAUGAAGAGAAAAGAAGUGCAAAAAUAAUGAAAACUGGACCACUUGCCGGGAAUGGGCAGCUUUUGCUUGGAUGCUCACAGAUUCCUGGCAGCUCCUCGUCUUCACUAGAUGGAAUGGUUGGGGAACUGUACAUGUUCAGAAUGUGGGCUAACAAAGACAUAAAUUAUACCCAAGUCUGCCAAGAUGGUACCAUCAUACUUUGGAGAAAAAAUAACUGGUUGUUUAAUAAGACAGCACAAUACAGCAGUUCUUUACCUUGUGCCAGCGCUGCAGAUGUCUCAUCAAACCUUAGAAACUUCUCAGUAACCACACCAGAGUUCUCUUCAGUUGGAACUCUGGAUACUGCAGGAACAAACAUUUUAUAUAACAACGUGUGUAAGUUAUCAGAUUACUGUAAAAACUCAGUUUUCUACAUGGGCAGUAUGAAAUUUCGAAUUCGUGAAAACAGUUCAGAUACUUCAUAUAAUCUAACAGUAAAAUAUCCUGGCAAUAACACUAAUCAGUACCAGUUAAAGGUUUAUUCAACCCUACUGCCAGAAAUAAAUAUUUCAGAUUUCAAUAAAACACUUCAGAAGAUAAGUCAGUCAUCUCUCAUGCAAUGUAGUGAAAUAAAUCAGAGUUUAUUCAACUGUAUUUUUAUAAUAAAACUGGACAAACAAGUGAAUAUAAGCAACAUAUUAUCAAAUUUAGGAGAAAAAGCAGAAAUGAAGCGAAUCGAAUCAUGCUGCUGUUUACCCACGCAGACUUUCUCUUGUCCGACUGCCAAAGAGUUGCAGCAUCUUCAGUGUGAUAAUAAUGAACCAGUUGCCUGCACUGGCCAUAGCACUCCUGACUCUCCAGUUUCAUCUGUAGGUCCUUUCUCUGUUACAAUGCAGCAUGAAACCUCUUCCUCUGAAUCAACAACUGUUUUGCUGCCUCCUUUCACUGAGCCUGCAACAAUAAAUAUUUCUAAUAUAUAUGCUACUCAGAAUCCUUUCACUGAGCAAAAUACACUGCUUUCUUCUGUAUCUCUUACAAAGUCAACCAAUACGCUUGUUCCUUCAACUUCACUUGAAACUAAUAAUUCAGACUUCACAACAUCAUCUUCCCAGCCUACUACUACUUUUCCAGAAAUAUAUCCCACAAAGUCUACAAUAUCUCAUGCUACUACUACUUUUCCGGAAAUAUAUCCCACAAAGUCUACAAUAUCUCAUACUACAGUUCUUACUCAACAUACAACAUCAGUUUCUUCGGCCAUCAUGUCCACGUCUUCUGUGAUCUGCACUACUGACCUUGGAGGACCAAGUAAAAUAAGCACAGAGCAAAUCUCUCAUAAUAAUUCGGGCAUUACCAAUAGUACCGAUGCUCCCAAUGUAGAAAAUAUUGUUUCUGAGCUUGAAGACAACUUAACUGCGGGCACAAUAACACCAUCUCUUGGACAGUCAAUGCUAGAAAGGGUUAGUUUCCUUCUAAGCAUGCCCCAAUCACAAAUAUAUCCAAUGUCUAAAAGAAUAAUAAAAAUAGUGGAUCUUAUUGGAUUAAAAUUGAACUUCUCAACAAAGUCCAUUAAUUUUACCACUCCUACUUUGGUUCUGGCUGUCCUGAAAGUCAACAGCAGCUCUUUUAGAGAAGUUUCUUUUGCUGUUCAACAUUCCUCAGACCUUGAGGCUACUCUUGGAACUGAAGUGCCAUCAAAGCGUAUUGGAGCCAUUACACUUCCAUCAUCAAUAAUGGCAGACUUGUCACCUCAAGAUAAGCAUAUAGCUUCUAGAAUUACAUUUAACUUUUUUAAAAAAACAACUCUAUUCCAGGACCCUGCAAUGAAAAAUUUAUCUUUGUUCAGCUAUGUUAUAUCGUCAAGUAUUGCUAAUCUUUCAGUCAGCAACUUGAAGACAAAUGUGACUGUCAUGCUACAAAACAUCAGGCCUAAUCAGGAGAAUUUGACUGUUAGAUGUGCCUUCUGGGAUUCCAGUGAAAAUGGUAGCCAAGGCAGUUGGAACUCUGAGGGUUGUGUGGUUAAAGAAAGAACAGUGAAUGAGACCAUCUGUAGCUGCAACCACCUGACAAGUUUUGGUGUAUUACUGGAUUUAUCAAGAAACACCACUAUACCUCCAAUUCAAGUGCUAAUUCUAACUUUCAUCACCUACAUAGGUUGUGGACUUUCAGCUAUUUUUCUUUCUGUGACUCUUGUUACCUAUAUUGCAUUUGAGAAAAUCCGAAGAGAUUAUCCAUCUAAAAUUCUUAUCCAGCUAUGCAUUGCACUGCUUCUUCUGAACCUGGUUUUUCUUCUGGAUUCCUGGAUUGCUCUGUAUGAGAUCCAGGGACUGUGCAUUUCAGUUGCUGUGUUUCUUCAUUAUUUCCUUUUGGUUUCUUUCACUUGGAUGGGCCUUGAAGCCUUCCACAUGUAUCUUGCCCUUGUGAAAGUAUUCAAUACAUACGUUAGGAAAUAUAUUCUAAAGUUCUGCAUUAUUGGCUGGGGGUUACCAGCUAUAGUAGUAGUCAUUGUAUUGGCAGUAUCUCCAUAUAACUAUGGACAUGGAUCAUAUGGAAAAUUUCCCAAUGGCUCAUCUGAUGAAUUCUGCUGGAUUAAGAAUGACAUUGUAUUUUACAUCACUGUUGUGGGAUACUUUUGUACAAUAUUCUUGUUGAACAUCAGUAUGUUCAUAGUAGUACUGAUUCAGCUUUGUAGAAUCAAAAAGAAGAAGCAGCUUGGUACCCAGAGGAAAACUAGCAUACAAGAUCUCAGGAGUGUUGCCGGCCUUACAUUUUUAUUGGGAAUUACUUGGGGAUUUGCCUUUUUUGCGUGGGGUCCUGUAAACCUUGUUUUUAUGUAUCUCUUUGCAAUUUUUAAUACUUUACAAGGAUUUUUCAUUUUUAUUUUUUAUUGUGUUGCAAAGGAGAAUGUUCGCAAACAGUGGAGAAGGUAUUUGUGUUGUGGAAAAUACCGGCUGGCUGAAAAUUCAGAUUGGAGUAGAACUGCUACUAAUGGUUUAAGGAAGCAAAAUGUUAACCAAGGUGUCUCCAAUUCUUCACAUUCUUUGCAAUCCAACAGUAACUCUACUAAUUCCACGUCAAUGCUAAUGAGUAAUGAUUAUUCUGUGCACACAAAUGGUAAUGGAAAUAUCUCUCGUGAAAAAAAUGGUGUUUCUUUCCAUGUGCAGAACAGUGAUGUGCAGCUUCCUGAGUUUUCAGUAAAACAGCAUGAAAACAAUGAUAUAUCCCAUAAAAAGUCUUGCAUUUCACUGAGGAGGACUUCCAAAAGAAAGAGCCUGCAGUUUAUUGAACCAAUAUGACUUUUAAAAUAUUUUCCAUUAUUUUACCAAGUAAUAUGCAGGUUUAUUUUAACUGUUUUACUUAAUGUGAGAAGAACAAAAAAGAAAAAGUCAUUAUUUAAUGUACAGGAGCAAAACUUCAAGGUGUCAAAGACUCUAUAAUGUUAUCUUCCUCUUUUUAAUGCCAGUGAUAGACAUUAAGAACAUACUUUAAACAUAGCUUUGUGGCUGCAAAACAUGAACAACUGCGUAUCUGCU